GAGGGAGGUGAAGGGGGUUGGGGACUGAGAGGGCGGACGGCUACCGGACCUACUCAGAAACUGAACUUCACACUGACUCAGCUUGUUGCAAAUGCAGCAUUCACCAUCGCAGACAUUGAGACUUUCAACUGAAAAACGAACCUCUUCACUGAGACCUAUCAAACCCAAAGGCAAAAGGGGACUUGCCUUCUUUCAGUCUGGAAAGCCGUUCUGUUUCUACGGUUAUAACCACUGGUGAAUAAUGGAAAUACAAAAAGGGGACGACCGUUCGACUCAGCACGCGGCCAGUUUAUUAGGCUCACCUGGUCAGGACAGUCAGAUGUCACAUAGUGGUAACAAAAAAAAGUCUAACAAACGCAAGGUCAUCAUUGCGAUACUGUUGCUGGGCUUGUUGAUCACUGUCAUCGUGGUCGUAUUCUUCUCGAGGCAGUAUUGUGGCGUUAUCGAGGGCGUGAGUUCCUGGAUAGAAGAGGACUGCGAGGAUCAACAAACCCCACAAUGUCCACCCGGUUUUUCCAAACCGCCCUUGAUCCUGGUUUCCAUGGAUGGCUUCCGGGCGGGAUAUUUUAACCACAUCAGUCGCCUUCCAGUCAUCAGCAAAUUACGCCGCUGUGGCACCUCCACGUCGCACAUGAGACCUGUCUAUCCCACCAAAACCUUCCCGAACCACUACACCAUCGUGACUGGCCUCUAUCCUGAGUCCCAUGGGAUCGUGGACAACAAGAUGUACGACGUGACCGACAACACAUUCUUCAGUCUGAAAAACCCAGAGAAGUUCAACGCCAAAUGGUACCAAGGGGAACCAGUGUGGCUCACUGCCAUGGAUAAUAAGCUGAAGUCAGCAACGUUCUUCUGGCCAGGCUCUGACGUGGCAGUCCAUGGAAGAUACCCAGACAUUUACAAGAUGUAUAACCGGUCCAUCCCAUUUGAAGAGAGAAUCUCAACCAUAUUUGAUUGGCUGAAUUUGCCUCCAGGGGAAAGGCCUGAUUUUAUCACUCUGUACUUGGAGGAGCCAGACCAAUCUGGACACAAAUACGGACCAAUGAGCAGUGAGGUGAUUAGGGCCCUGAUGAACGUGGAUAGGGUGUUGGGACUUCUAAUGGAUAACCUGAAACACAUGAACCUUCACCGCUGUGUCAACCUGGUGCUUUUGUCUGACCACGGAAUGGAGGAAGCGUCCUGCAAAAAAGCAGUAUUUGUGAAUUCUUACCAGGACAACGUGGACGACUUCACUGUCAUCCAGGGUCCUUCCGCACGAAUCCGACCCAAGAGACUCCCGGAAGACUUCUUCUCCUUCGACUAUGAAGGCUUGGUGAAGAACCUGUCGUGCAGGAGCGCUGACCAGCCCAUGCGGCCCUACCUGAAAGAGAACCUCCCCAAGCGGCUUCACUUUGCAAACAACGUGCGUAUCGAGAGGGCCCAUCUCUACAUGAAGCCCGGCUGGCAGGCAGCACUAGAUAAUGAAGAAAUCAAGUACUGCGCUGGUGGAUUCCACGGUUCGGAUAAUGUCUUCAAAAACAUGCAGUCCGUUUUCAUGGCUUAUGGACCAGGGCUGAAAUACAAGACCCAGGUUGAACCUUUUGAAAAUAUUGAAGUCUACAACCUGUUGUGUGAUUUGUUAGAAGUUCCUCCUGCUCCUAAUAACGGAACCCACGGCAGCCUGAACCAUCUCCUGAAGAACCCGCCACACCGCCCUGUGUACCCGGCCGAGCGCUCGUUUCCUGUUCCCUGUGAGGCCAGCGGUACCGCCCCCUCUGAUGAGCUGGGCUGUAGCUGCAGCAGCGUCCGCACUGAAGCAGAGGAGGAGCGUAUGAACAGGCAAAACGUGUCAAAUUCCUAUCCAACGGCCAAGGCUCUUCACCUGCCAUAUGGAAUCCCCCGAGUUCUGCGGGAGAAGGUGGACUACUGCGUCCUAAACCACGCCGACUACGUCAACGGCUACAGCAAGGACACAUUCAUGCCGCUUUGGGUGGCCUAUACCAUCACCCCUCUGAAAAAUGUCCAGCCACUGAGUCCAGAAACAGAGUCGUGUGUCCGUGCCGAUCUCCGUGUGGCGUCACAGGUGAGCCAGAGCUGUGUCAGGUACAGGAACAACCCGGCCCUGACCUACGGCCUGCUACAUCCACCAAAUCUAGGUUCCAGUGGAAGUGUGACACAGUCCCUACUCACCAGCAACAUGGUGCCCAUGUAUCCUGCUUUUAAAGAGGUUUGGACCUACUUCCACAAUGUCGUCCUGGCAAAGUAUUCCCAGAAGCUGAAUGGGGUCAACGUAAUGAGCGGACCGGUCUUUGACCCAGAGGCCAAGGGCCACUUUGUUGCUCCUACUGUCAGUGCAGCACACGAGGCACCCGUCCCAACUCAUUUCUAUGUGAUACUGACCAGUUGUGGAAACUCCCUCCUCUCCCCCACUGACUGUCUGGGGCCCCUGGAGUCCAUGGCCUUUGUGCUCCCCCACAGGCCCGACUACAUGGAGACAUGCGCUAAUGGAUCGGAUUUCCAGUGGGUUCAGGAGUGGGCCCAGUUCCAUGUUGCCCGGGUCCGAGACAUUGAGCUCCUGACUGGUCUCAGCUUCUACCACGACAGGGUAUCAGUGGAAGAAACGCUACAGCUCAAGACAUUUUUACAGACAUUUUAAAAGCCUAUUUAGAAUCCUCUGGCAGGUUUUAGUACAGUUAUUUUUUUAUUGUUUUGAGAUGGUUUCACAAAGUAAGUAAAGGUUCACGGGCCAAAUUUGUUGCCCUGAAUUCAAUGGGGAAAAAAUAUUAGUGCUACACUGAUAUUUAAGGAAAUUCAGAGGAGCAAAGAGCAACUGAGAAACAACCUGAGAGUCAAUUGAUCCUCAAUCCCUAGACGCAGAAGACUUUGUGACAGACAGAAGUCAUGAAUCAAAUAAAAUUUGCGUUUGUCUGCUAGGACAUGAGCUAGGGCAGAUGGAUCUACCAGAACACUGAACCAAAAAAUAUAUAAUUACGUUAAUGUAUAUCGCUCAUCCCAGAAAUAGUGGGAAAGGAAAGAGAAUGGAGAAGAGCAAAGUCUUACAUAUAUUUCAAUGCCAUAAGAUUUUAUAUAACAAUGUGGCCAAAGACAUUUUAUUGAAUGGAAAAAUACUGGUUAUUUGCAGGAUUGAAUCAUAUGCCCAUGUUUUUAGGAGGGGGCGAUUGUGGUGUAGAUGCCCAAAAUACACAUUUUGUUAUAGUAAAAAGUGUCUGGUUUACAAGAACAAAUAACAGGAGAACCACAUUUCACCCACAUUUUCAUGUUUGUACAAAUAUUGAUAUUAGUUCUUGUUUUGUUUAUAUAUUUUUAUUUGUAUUGCUCCGUCAUGGUAAACACAAGGCUGUAUAGACCGAAAUAGUUGACUCUUCAAAUAUGGCCUGUGUUUCUUUGUCUUAAUCCAGCUAGGUGUUUUAACAACUGUGUAAAUCAGGACAAGAUUACUUCUUUCAACAUAUUUGCUUCAAAUGUAACUCUACAAAAAUGCUUUUGAUUAUAUUUAUCCAAUAUUGUUUAGUCACCUUGUCCGGUAGAUAUUUACAUGGUUAUUUAAAUGGUGAGAUGGAUCAAAUCUACACAAAACACAGGCCUUACUAGAAAUUCCCUAUGGAAGAAAUGUAUGGUUUAAGAACCAAAAGAUCUGCUUUACCAGAUGUGCCGCAAGGUAUUAUGGGUAUUAUGAGUCAUAGUAUUUCAGGCUAUAGUUGAUGUGGACAACUGGGAUUAAAUAUAUAACAUGACUGUU